ACGAAACUGAUUUUUUUUUUCUUACCCUAGUUGAAAUGUGACAGAAGAUGGGAUAUGUCAUGUGGCUUGGUUUAUUUAAACGCUCUUAUUCUUCUUCUUCAAUAGCAAAUCGCAUCGACUAUUUCAUUUUCUUCUCCUUCCUCUCCUUAUAUUUACAGUUACAAUGGCAUCUGCAGCCAAAGAAGUAGCCAGAGAGAUCCCUCAUGUGGUUCGUGUCUACAAUGAUGGCUCAGUGGAACAACUAUGUGGCUCGCGUUACGUGCCACCAUCACUUAACCCAGAUCCAGAGACUGGUGUGUCAUCAAAGGACAUAACCAUCUCUGAAAACCCCAAAAUCUCUGCUCGUCUCUUCCUCCCAAACAUACAACCACAAGACCAAAACCUCCCAAUAUUGGUCUAUUUCCAUGGCGGUGCCUUUUGCGUUGAAUCUGCAUUUUCCUCAACUGGCCAUAGUUACCUUAAUCGUCUAGUCUCUCAGGCCAAAGUUGUAGCCGUCUCUGUAGAAUACAGACUGGCUACAGAGAUUUCUCUCCCUGCAUCAUAUGAGGACUGUUGGGCUGCUCUCAAUUGGGCCGCAUCCCAUUCAAAUACAGCCCAAAACGAUGAGCCCAAUAAAGAUCCAUGGUUGUUGAAAUAUGGCGACUUUGACAGACUUUACAUAGGAGGCGACAGUUCCGGAGGUAAUAUAGCUCAUAACGUAGCCAUGAGAGCAGGAUUUGAGAAAUUACCUAAUGAUGUGAAAAUAUUGGGUGCUUUUAUCAAUCAGCCUUAUUUUUGGGGCUCAAAGCCAAUUGGGUCUGAGAAUGAUCGUGAUAAUCCCCGGCCAUACGAGAUUUUGGGCUCAAAAACUUUUGGGACAGAACCUGGUGUUGAUCAUGAACACACCUUCCCAGCUUUGGUAUGGAAGUUUGUGUACCCAUCAGCGCCUGGAGGUCUUGAUAAUCCGAUGCUCAAUCCAGAGGGUCUCGGGGCGCCGAGCCUGGCAAGGCUUGGGUGUUCGAGGUUGAUGAUUUCUGUUGGUGGGAAAGAUGAACUGAGAGACAGAGGUGUUCGGUACUAUGAACUGGUGAAAGAGAGUGGUUGGAGUGGUGAAGUUGAAUUCUAUGAAGAUGAGGGGGACAUUCAUGGUUCUUCCUUUCAAGAGACCGACUCUGCUAACCAGAUGUUCAAACGAUUGGCUUACUUUCUCAAGUAAUUAAUCUUGAGAAAUCUAUACGCUUCUCAAUCAUAUAUGCUUCACAUUGAAUGAGAAGAUCAAGUCUACAUCUACUGUUAGUCUUGGAAAAUUACAGUCAAAUCAAUUCUGGCCGCAGAUCCUCAUCUAACGGCUAUAUUACUUCUCUGAUUCUUCAGUCCAUAAUGGAUACAUUAUUGUCCUAUCAUGCAUGUGUGUAGCUUUCAUUAGUCACUUGUAUUAGUUUUCUAUUUCUUCACGCCUUUCUCUUAUCAUAUUGCUUUUCAUAAUAUGUCAUGUCCCUCCCCCCUAGUGACAAUUUGUUGAC